UUUAAGGGCCGGAAAAGAGAGAGAGCUAAAGCGCAAGCAGGAAUGGCCGCUCGUUGGCAGGGUUUUGGCCUCUCCGCCCAUCUCCGCCGUCCCCACCAUAUAAACCCCAAUAACUCUUCACUACGCUGCAAUUCGCCGAGCAGCUACCGCCUCCGCCGCCCCAUGUCCGCCUCCUAGACCCCCUCCACUGUGCCGGCCGCCAUGCCGGCCGCUCAGGUACGUGCGUGCUUGUCCGAUCCCUCUCCUGCCCGCGAAGCGGCACCGGCACCAAUUGGCCCGGUUCCUGCCGGAGUUGCCGUUUGGUUCGAGCGAUUAAAUGCCCGGGUCUCGUGGGGUGUGAUCAGCCAUCAGAGCAGGUGAUGGCCGGAUGAUAACCAAUGGCCUUGGAAUGAAGAGGGAGAAUGCAGGGACAAAAAAAUCUCCCCAGCAAAUCCAGAUGCUGGAGAAAUUUUACUCUGAGGUACAGUUUCCAAAGCCAAAGGACAUGGCAGAGUAUGCAACCUCUGUUGGUUUGACUUACAGUCAGGUCCGUAUAUGGUUCAAAGAGCGGAGGAGGAAAGAGAGGAGAGAGAUGGAAACCAUUGGGCUUCAUAUGGAAAGGCAACUUAGUAACCAAGCUCCCAUGUACGAUAUUUUGUGUUCACGACCGGAGUUUGACAGUAGGAGUAUGAGCAUUAUAGGAGAGGAAUGUACAGUUCAAUCACAAGUUCUGUUCCCCAAGGAUUAUAUCCUGAGGAAAAUCUUCUGCAAGGAUGGUCCACCUCUUGGCAGUAAAUUCGAUCCCCUCCCCGACAGUGCACAUGGUCAUAGCAGAGAUGCCACAUGUUCUUGUUCCUCUCAGAACCAAAGAGCUGCGAAGAAGAGAAAGAUUGUGGAGUCUACCAACCAGAAAUCCACUGUGCCAUAUGAGGAUACUGUUCUUGUAAGGAAGCAUGGAAUUGGCAAAGGUCUAAUGUCAGUGUGGCAUGCAAUGUAUUCCCAUAAUGUGGACUGUCAAAGAGGUUCAAAUUUCAUUGAUGAAACUGGUUGUUUGAGGUCCCUGAGACCGUUUGAUGAUUGUGACGGAUUAGAAGAUCAUGCUAAUGGAAAGAGGACUCAAAAUCAAGGUAUGACAUGGAAGAAGGUAGACAAAAAGAGCAAACCUCCACUGAAUAAAAGAAAGGUGCCAUUUAAGAGAGUUACUGGUCCAAAGGAGCACCCUCCAAUGGAUUGCCAUCUUUCAGUUGAUAAAUCAGAAUCUUCAGAACUACAGCCUGAACAGGUGACUUUAGUGGACGAUGAGGAGCUCGAGCUCAGUGAAUUACAAGCAGGUCCUAACCCAUUAAGAUGUUCAGCUCAUCUUUCUUCAAGUGGGAGACAUGGCUGCCCCCUUUGUAAAGAUUUACUUGCCAAGUUUCCUCCACAAAGUGUCAAGAUGAAACAACCAUUCUCUGCAAAACCUUGGGAUUCAUCACCUGAAAUGGUGAAAAAGCUUUUUCAGGUUGUCCGGUUUGUAUACACUCACUUUGGUAGUAUUGAUGUUCACCCCUUCACAUUUGAUGAGUUUGCGCAAGCAUUCCAUGAUAAGGACUCUUUGUUGUUGGGGGAAGUACAUGCCGGUCUUCUCAAGCUACUGUUGUUAAAGGCAGAAAUGGGCAGUGGUGGUGUAUUUGUUCCACGAUCUUCUAAAGAUUGCAGAUUUCUCAGUUUCCUGAACUUUGUUAGGAAGCAAGAAUUCGAUGUGAAUUUCUGGAUCAAAUCACUGAAUUCUCUUACAUGGGUUGAAAUACUACGACAAGUUCUGGUUGCUUCAGGUUUUGGUUCAAAACAGCAUAUGCUGAAUCAGGAUUUCCUUAACAAGGAGAAAAAUCAAAUGGUUAAAUAUGGUUUACGUCCCCGCACACUGAAAGGUGAAUUGUUUGCACUAUUGUCUAAGGAAGGAAGUGGUGGGUUAAAGGUUUCAGAACUGGCCAAAUCAUCUGAGAUUGUUGAUCUUAAUGUCUCGGGCACAUCAGAGCUAGAGCAGUUGAUCUGUUUGACUCUAUCUAGUGACAUCACAUUAUUUGAGAAGAUUGCACCUUCUGCGUAUCGUCUCCGAGUCGAUCCCCGGAUUAAAGGGAAGGAAGACACUAGAUCAGAUAGUGAGGAUUCUGGAAGUGUUGAUGAUGAGGGUGCUAGCAGUAGUGAUGAUGAAUCUCAUGGUCUACAUAAGAUGAGCUCCCCUGAACAUGAAAGUAGAAUUGCUCGAAGGAAGAAGCAGAAAAUUGUACAUGGAAGUCCAAAUAAAUGUAGUGAAAUUGAUGAAAGUUAUUCAGGUGAACCAUGGCUUCUGGGAUUGAUGGAAGGCGAGUAUUCAGAUCUAAGCAUAGAUGAGAAGUUGGAUUGUUUGGUUGACUUAAUAGAUGUUUAUGGUGUUGGUUCUGUUCCAAGACUUGAGGAACCGCAAAGAGUCUUGCAUAAUGCGCCAAUAGCACGGCCACACCCAUCAGGUGGGAAAAUUAAGAAAUCAACAAAAAACUUUUAUCAAUCUAGUGAUGAGUCCUUAAAUGGACCUGGAAACUCGUACAGUUUGGGUUCUUCUCAGCAAUGCCUAUCAGGACGCCGAAGAAGUCAGGAUUACAUUGUUGACUCCGGACGGAAUGAUUUGUCUGGAGUUGCACAUGAACCACAAGUUGUUCUCCUAGGAUCAGACCGCAGGUAUAAUAGUUAUUGGCUCUUCCUUGGCCCUUGUAGGGCAGAUGAUCCAGGGCACCGUAGGGUCUACUUCGAGUCCUCGGAGGAUGGUCACUGGGAGGUGGUUGAUUCACCACAGGAAUUACUUUCCUUGCUCUCUGUCCUAGAUAGCAGGGGCACUAGGGAAGCUCAUCUUCUUGCCUCAAUGGACAAGAGACAAGUGUGCCUUUUCGAAGCCAUGAAAAAACAUUUGGAAGGUGGGAAUGCAAUCGGACUUCUAGCCUCGUCUGAUUCAUAUCGCUCCAAGACAAGUAGUGGAGAUGGAACUUCACCCAAGACAAAUAGUGUAGAUAGGGCUUCACCCGUAUCAGACAUUGAAAAUGCUUCUGUUCCUAGAGACCUUGCCAAUAGUAAUUUGGAUUCAUCAUCUGCAAUAGUAAUUGAAAUUGGGAGAGGUGAUGAAAAAAUAUUGAUGUGGGAAAGGUUGCAAGCAUUAGAUAAAUGGAUCUGGACUUCUUUCUAUUCCGCCCUUACUGCUGUUAAAUGUGGCAAGAAGUCAUUUAAGGAGUCACUAGUUCGUUGUGAAAGUUGUCAUGAUCUGUAUUGGAGAGAUGAAAAGCAUUGCAGAAUAUGCCAUUCUACUUUCGAGGUUGGUUUUGAUCUUGAAGAAAGAUAUGCUGUACAUGUGGCGACAUGUAGGGAGUCUGAGGAUGUGCAUGAGGUGCCAAAUCAUAAAGUUCUGCCUUCACAGCUACAGGCACUUAAAGCAGCCAUUCAUGCUAUUGAGGCAUCUAUGCCUGAGGCAGCUUUUGCUGGUUCUUGGAUGAAGUCUGCUCACAAGCUGUGGGUUAAGCGGCUGCGACGAACGUCAUCAUUGCCAGAGCUUUUACAGGUUCUUGUUGAUUUUGUUGGGGCAAUGGAUGAAGAUUGGUUGUACAAAAGUUCGUCUGUAAGUUUCAGUUCGUAUCAGGAUGACAUUAUUGUCUAUUUUCAGACAAUGCCACAAACAACAUCAGCAGUUGCACUUUGGGUUGUCAAAUUGGAUGCCCUCAUUGCACCUUAUUUGGGUAAAGCUGAUUCUGCCAGAACACUGGCCAUAAAAGAGCCCUCGCGGACAAGAUCACAGGCUUGUGCUACGUAGCUAGGAAAGUGGAUUCUUUUGCGUGAUGCUCCAGCAAGCACCCUGCUGACUUUUAUUUCCCAUUAUCAGCUGCAAGUAUUUGCUUGAUGUUCAAGCUUUUUCUCUAGGCGAGACGUGGUGAUGUCUGCUUUGAGCUCGAGACCAAGAUCUUGCACUUGUGCUGAAGUCAUGGCAUUUAUUGUUUCCUCCCAGCGGAGCAUUGUGCCCUAUGUACAAUAGUACACAGUGGAAAGUUUCUGUUAAUAAUCAUUGCUUCAGAUAUGUGAAAGUUUUUGGCUUUCCUUAUACGGAUUGGUGGCGAAACACUCACUACUGGGUUAUAGGUCAUUUCUGAAACAUUUUAUUAGGCUGUUCUUAGAGUUUCACUACUAGCUGCGCCCCAUUCUUUUUAAUUGAAAUAAAGAGGUUAUACAUAUUUUUUCUCAUUGCUGAUUAUUUCCGAUUGCUGUGUA